AUGGCUACGGUUGGAGUCGCCUUUCUUCAACAACAACUCGGUGAUGACACUGCAAGCCGCGUGCGACAAUUCGAGCAAAUUGUUGCAGCAUGCGCAGCCGUGCUGCAAUUUCUUGGAAGGCCUCGCUUCCUCGAUUCCCUGUUCCAAUUAUGGAGCGGACUGACCCAUUCGUUGAUUUUGAUGGAGGCCCUCCUUUUUCCUGAGCAGCCAGUUCAGACCAGUUCUCAGCUCGCUUUGCCAAGGGAGAACCUUCCACUGUCCUCUAUUAUGGACGACCGGUUCCAGCAGUGGGCACCGCUCAUACCCUUGGCUAUCCAAAGCCUUGCUGAACACACAGACUGGUUCCAUGAGAAGUACGAUAAGAACCUUCACAAAGAAAUGGCUGCACUUUGGACGACGCUAUGUUACUUUUCCAAAGCAUUUACCAAAUUUUGCAGCUACGGCCAGACGCUACAGCUGCUGCUCAUGCUGCACCUGACACAGGGGGCCCCGAUACCGCCCCUACUGUCGUCAUCGCGCCCUUUGCAUUACCCGACACUGUCACACUUGCUGAUCCCUGGACAUCGACCUGACGGAAUACAAGUGACAGAGUGCGGGUGA